AUGUUAUGUCGCCAGUCUCAAAUUCCAAGACGCAAACCAGUUAAUGUGAUUAGAGAUAUUAUGUAUAUUCAGUGCUGGACGCAUGAAGUGCGGACAAUCCUAGACUUCAAUAUGACUAGCUACACUGCCCUUAGCUCUGGGCACAAGAGGUCCCUGCUCAGGGUCCCAUACUUUGGAACCCACUCUGGCCCUUCUUCAACUGUACUUCAUAUGAGAAAUGAGCUUGUAGUAGACAAAACAAAGAGGAAAAAAAGAAGAGAACUCUCUGAAGAACAGAAACAAGAAAUUAAAGAUGCUUUUGAACUAUUUGACACAGACAAAGAUGAAGCAAUAGAUUAUCAUGAAUUAAAGGUGGCAAUGAGAGCCUUGGGGUUUGACGUAAAAAAAGCUGAUGUACUGAAGAUUCUUAAAGAUUAUGACAGAGAAGCCACUGGGAAAAUAACCUUUGAGGAUUUCAAUGAAGUUGUGACAGAUUGGAUAUUGGAAAGAGAUCCACAUGAAGAAAUACUGAAAGCAUUUAAACUAUUUGAUGAUGAUGAUUCUGGUAAAAUAAGCUUGAGGAAUUUGCGACGUGUUGCCAGAGAACUGGGUGAAAACAUGAGUGAUGAAGAACUUCGGGCUAUGAUAGAAGAAUUUGAUAAAGAUGGUGAUGGAGAAAUAAAUCAAGAGGAAUUCAUUGCUAUUAUGACUGGUGACAUUUAA